CUUUAUGACUUGCAGCAAAGCAGAGAAUGCAUUCAAUCAAAUGAGCCGAUCUUGUAGAAACACUGGAAUCGUUUAUGCAUUGCAGUUUCUCUCUCUCUUUCUUUCUCUCUCUCUCGCUCACACACACACACACACACACACACAGAGAGAGAGAGAGAGAGAGACGCUCCCUCUCUGCCUUCGUCCCUCCUUCCCUCCCUUUCUCUUCCUUAGGAUAUUUGGGCUGGAUUGCCUUUAAUUCAUCACGACCUGCUCCUUGGGGUUGGUGCACUUGUCAUUUGCACAGAAGAUUAGCAUCAUUCAGGGCAAACCGACAACUGUGGGAUUUCCCUCCCCCCACCCUCUCCCUCUUUUCCUUCCAAUACAUUUUUUAAGGGGGGAGAAAAAUCCCCUCUGUGCCGAUUUGAGAGUUUUAGGACCCAGGAGACUUCCUCUCCAACAGCAGGAGCCGUGUGUGCUUUCCACAUAGCGGUACAGUACCAGGAAAACCCCGUCGGAUCGGUGAUUGUAGGAUACUUGUGAAAUCUCCCUCGGAUUCCUGCUUCCUGGGGACUGCAUGGUGGCGUUGGGAUUUCUCCAGGUGCAUCGAGGGGCUUUGAGAAGGCUCCAUGCUCACAAGCCAGGACUCCUUUCCUUGUCCAAGAGCUCGCGGACUUCUGGGGUUAUCCGUCUCUCCCUCUGGCUUUCCCCCCUUCUGAGCCAGCUCCUUCUCCUUCUCCCUCUCGCUCUUCUUCCCGUCUUCUAAUUUUAAUUUCUGCUUCCCACCUGGAUUGUACCAUCCGCGCGAGCAACCUGGCCACUUUGAGAACUCGCAGGAGGCGAAUCUGGCCACGGAUCUUGAGCUCUAUAUGGAAUUAUCUGCUUGGAUGGUGAACUUGGCACUCGUGAAUGGGCAUCUUCUCCCUCCUCUUAAUUGCUAGCAGCGAAAAGGGAAAAGAACCCGGAGGAGUUUUGGGUUUUUCUGGGGUUUUUCCUGUUGUUGUUGGUUUUUUUAAUCCUGGAUUCCUUGACUACGCAUUGUGAUGACCAGCAAUUACCUUACUGACUGAUACAAGGAGACGACUAUUUUGCAAGACUGUGGUGGGGAACAGCCUUGGAGAGCUGGAAGAUGAAAGCUCCUAUUCCUCACUUAAUUCUCUUGUAUGCUACUCUUGUUCAGAGUUUGAAGGUUGUGACCAAAAGGGGCUCAGCGGAUGGAUGUACUGACUGGUCAGUGGAUUACAAGAAGUAUCAAGUCUUAGUGGGAGAACCUGUUCGUAUAAAGUGUGCACUGUUUUAUGGAUAUAUAAGAGCUAAUUACACCCUAGCACAAAGUGCUGGUCUCAGUUUAAUGUGGUACAAAAGCUCUGGACCUGGAGAUUUUGAGGAGCCUAUAGCUUUUGAUGGAACUAGAAUGAGCAAAGAGGAAGAUGCCAUUUGGUUUCGUCCAACAGUGCCCCAAGACAGUGGGCUUUAUGCAUGUGUCAUAAGAAACUCUACUUACUGUAUGAAAGUAUCCAUUUCGCUGACAGUGGGUGAAAAUGACACUGGCCUCUGCUACAAUUCAAAGAUGAAAUACUUUGAAAAAGCUGAACUUAGCAAAAGCAAGGAAAUCUCAUGCCCUGACAUACAGGAUUUCUUAAUACCAUAUAGAGAGCCUGAAAUCCUGUGGUAUAAGGAAUGCCAAGUCACAACCUGGAGGCCAAGUAUUGUAUUCAAGAAGGACGUUCUUGUUAUCCAGGAGGUCAGAGAAGAUGACAUUGGAAAUUACACGUGCGAAUUAAAAUAUGGAAUGUUUUUUGUCAGAAGAACUACAGAAUUAACAGUUACAGCACCACUAACAGAAAAACCACCAAAGCUUUUAUAUCCUUCAGAGAGUAAACUGACAGUUCAGGAGACACAGCUGGGCCAUUCUGCUAAUCUAACCUGCCGAGCGUUCUUUGGAUACAGUGGAGAAGUCAGCCCUUUAAUGUACUGGAUGAAAGGCGAAAAGUUUAUUGAAGAUUUGGAUGAAAGUCGGGUUUGGGAAAGUGAUAUUAGAGUUCUUAAGGAACAUCUUGGGGAGCAGGAAGUUUCCAUCUCAUUAAUUCUUGAUUCAGUGGAAGAAGGAGACCUCGGAAAUUACUCGUGCUAUGUUGAAAAUGGAUAUGGCCGCAGACUUGCUACCGUUAUUCUACUUAAAAGGGAGCUGAUGUAUACAGUUGAGCUUGCUGGCGGGCUUGGUGCUAUUCUGCUGCUACUUGUUUGUUUAGUGACUAUCUACAAGUGCUACAAGAUUGAGAUUAUGCUAUUCUACAGGAAUCAUUUUGGUGCUGAAGAACUAGAUGGAGAUAACAAAGAUUAUGAUGCAUACCUGUCAUACACCAAAGUGGAUCCUGACCAGUGGAAUCAGGAAACGGGGGAAGAAGAAAGAUUUGCUCUUGAGAUCCUACCAGAUAUGCUUGAAAAGCAUUAUGGGUACAAAUUGUUCAUUCCUGAUAGAGAUUUGAUUCCAACUGGAACAUACAUAGAAGACGUGGCCAGAUGUGUAGACCAAAGCAAGCGACUGAUCAUUGUCAUGACUCCAAACUACGUGGUAAGAAGAGGCUGGAGUAUCUUUGAACUGGAAACAAGGCUUCGGAACAUGCUAGUUACAGGAGAAAUUAAAGUGAUACUGAUUGAGUGCAGUGAACUUCGGGGAAUCAUGAACUACCAGGAGGUUGAGGCCCUGAAACAUACCAUCAAACUCCUAACUGUUAUUAAAUGGCACGGACCAAAAUGCAACAAGUUGAAUUCCAAAUUCUGGAAACGUUUACAGUACGAAAUGCCUUUUAAGAGGAUAGAACCCAUCACACACGAGCAGGUUUUAGAUGUCAGUGAGCAGGGCCCCUUUGGGGAACUGCAGACGGUCUCAGCAAUUUCCAUGGCUGCUGCUACCUCCACGGCUCUUGCCACGGCCCAUCCUGAUCUGCGCUCCACCUUUCAUAACACGUAUCAUUCCCAGAUGCGCCAGAAACACUAUUAUCGAAGCUAUGAAUACGACGUACCUCCUACUGGCACCCUGCCUCUUACCUCAAUAGGUAACCAGCAUACCUACUGCAACAUCCCUAUGACACUUAUUAAUGGGCAGAGGCCACAGACAAAAACUAACAGGGAGCAGAAUCCCGACGAGGCUCACACAAACAGUGCGAUACUGCCACUCCUACCACGGGAAACCAGUAUAUCAAGUGUCAUUUGGUGACACAAAUGCAAGGGGGAACUCGCCCCCCUUGUGUAGAAGCUAAGUCUGCAGUCUGGUGCCUGGAACUACAUCCUCGACUGCUGCUGUUAAACAUGCAUUACAAUCUAUGAAAUAUGAGGAAAAACAGGGUCUUGUACAUAUGUUUUUGCAAAUUUCUUUGUAGCAUCAGUCUUCCUGUUUUACCCAUGUCUCCUGCCAUUCACAUUUUGACUUUGUUUUAUAUGUCAUUGGGAUUUGUAUAUUUGCAUUUUUUAAAAAAAGAGAAAAAAUGAAGAGACUGCUGUAUAGAUAGGAAAACCUUUUUGCUUCAUUAGUAUAGUUUGAGUGUUAUUUUUUAAAACAUUUAUUGGGAAUGCUUGGACAGUUAUGUUGAAUCCAGAAGCACUAUCCAUUUGUUGGCCCGCCUAGCCUGAUUCCCAGCGGCCAUGCUUGCAGCAAUUCACCAGUGUGUGUGUGUGUGCGUGUGCGUGGGGGGAGGGGGACAUUUGUUCUUAGGAGGACCCCACUAACGACUCAUAGCCCCAUCUUCAUUCAUUAUCCCACUGCUACACUUUACCCCCUUACCCUUGCCUUUUUUACAGCACCACACAGAGUGAAAUUACAGGUGGUCUAAAUGUCUUAACAUUUCACAUAGUUAAUAGUUGUGGAACAAAACAAAACAAAAUAAAAAUACACAACCCAGUCUGUAUCACUUGGUUCACAAUAACCACUAUGGAGUAUGUAGAAAGAAAAAUAGGGUGUUAUGCUUUAUUUUAUGAGUUGGUUGCAUUCCUUUUAUAUAAAGAUAAUAACAUGCCGACUCUAAUUCAUUCAGUUCCUGAGAAAGUGUUGGAUGUGUUUGUGACUCCCUCCCCCACUCCGUUUUUGGUUGGGACCAGUGGAUCUCUUUCUUGCUUUAAAUUCUUCAAAUGAGAUUAUUUACAUUCAUCAGGCAAGUAUGGCAAUAGGCACUGAAGUGCACUAAACCCCGCAGAGAUUUACGGUGAUGGCUUCCAAACCAAAGGAAAGCAGAAGGACAAUAUCUAAUAUGGUUUGUCACAUUGUAUUACAAAAAAGUUGUCUUUUAAGAAGUAUGAGAAAAUUCUUUUGCAGCCGAUUUGGAGUCCCCGUGUAUAUUAAAGUUUGGUCAUUGCCUUUUCUUUUUGCUGAUACAUCCAGAAUUUAGAAUUCUUUAUUAUUCAUUCUUAUCUUUUUUUAAAGAAGAAGAAGAAGCUUGUAGUAAUAAUUUAGAAGGUUUUUUUUUUUAAUUCAAGGUUGUUUAAAGAAGAUCUCAGGAGGUUGCAAAAGUAAAUACCAACAAACAUCAAUAUUUUAUAAAAGAGUAAUAUUUAAAUCAGACCCAGAAAUGUUGGAAACAAUUAAUGUUAUUGAAUAAAAUAAACUAGUUUUAUUUUAAAUGUAUGACUUCAUCUUUAAAAAGUUAAAGAAGGAUCAUGGAACAUGGCUCUGGGAAACAUUCUCUGCAUAAACCUCAGGACUGAUUUUUUUUGCCCACACAGAAUUCAAGGAGAGUUUGUCAUAGACAUUAAUGGAGCCAAUUAACUCCUCAUUCACUGAAUGUUAACACAGUCAGCAUUAAUCUCCAUAUUUACACAUACUGAUGCAAUAGUCACAUUUCACAUAAGAACCAUGAGAGGGAGGAACAGUAGGAUUGCUUUUCAUAUGGCACUAGCUUUUUGGGAGCACACUUCUAAUGCUGAUUAACUUACAUCAGAACAGAAUGUGACCUUUUUGUUUGUCUUGCACUCAAAAUGCAACAAUUUAACUGCUGGAAAUGACGAUUUAAAACUACUGAAUUCACCGCAGAUGGAGGGAGUUUCCUAAAGAGCUGACCAGUAACGGCUGCUAUAAUAGAUACUGUGUGUUUUGUUUGACUGCCAAGUUAUAGUUUGGUUUGGAUAAGAUGCAAUGUGGUGAAACAAUCUGUAACCUGCAUUCUAGAGGUGCUUGUGGGCUUCAACCUGUACACUGGAAAUAUCCAGUCUCAUGUUGUAACUGGAAAGGAAGCAUCUGCAAGUCAUAUUCAAGAGCCUUUAGGAUGUAUAUAGACAUUUAUUUGCCUAACAAUAUUCAUUUCUGUGACAGUUAACUCAGGUCCUUUUCUAAUAAUGUUAUUUUGUUAGUAUGUGCUCCCCACCACCACCACCAAAAUUAAAGCCUGGGCAUGUGCCAAAUAAACCACAUCAAGCAAAUAAAGCUGCCAGGACCAACAAAGUAGCUUUGCACAUUUUGUUCUUUGAAAAUGUAAGAUGGCUAUUAUAGACACCUGCCAAGUACUGAUGGAAUUUAAUGGCCUUUAAUGAGAUUGCAAAUCUCAGACCUUUUCCCCUCCACUCUCCAAAUUCCCAACAAAAGGUAAAUCAGUGCAAUGGCCUUUUCUUUUAUAUUUUUGAAGCUUAGAUCUGAGUUGUGAAGUAACUGUAAAGCAUUGCAGUAUGACCACAGCUACGCUGUAGGUGUUAGCAGGUUUGGUUUCUCUUUUUUUAAGGUUUUUUUUUUGUUCAAGUCUCACCAGGAAUACUUUUCUUCUUCUAUUUUUAAUGUAGAUUUAAGCACUUUGAAUAGCAUGAUUCAGGGAUUAAUGGGUACUAUUUGAUAUUCACACUACUUAAAGAAAAGAUUUUCUUAUAAUGCUUUGUCAUAUUAUUAAAUAAAAUCAAACAAAUGAGAAAAGGAAGAGUAUGUGAGAUAAAGGCUCCAAAUGGCUGGAGACCGCCAUAUUUGGCUUUAGAAACAUUCCGCCCAAGUAUUCCUCUUCUAUAAACAGCUGUGCGAGAAACAGUAAAGGAACUGUCAUAUGUUCACGUACUCAAUGUUUGACUAAAAUUC